AUGUGUAUUUUUGGACUUCAGUCGGACUUCAACAGUGGCCGAGGGGGGUGGAGCCCUGAAGGGUGCUCCGUCCUCAACGUCACAGACGGAAAAACAACCUGCAGCUGCAACCACCUCACAUCCUUCGCUGUCCUGCUGCACGGGGCGAUCCUCACCUUCAUCACCUACAUCGGCUGUGGGGUCUCUGCAGUCUUUCUCUCCAUCACCCUGCUCACCUACAUGUGCUUCCGGAAGUUACUCCGCGACAUCCCCUCUAAGAUCCUGGUGCAGCUCUGUCUGUCCCUCCUCCUCCUCAACCUCGUCUUCCUAUUGGACGGCUGGCUAGCGCUCUACCCCGCCCCCGGGCUGUGCAUAAGCACCGCCUUCUUCCUGCACUACUUCCUGUUGACGUCCUUCACGUGGGCGGGGCUUGAGGCCCUGCACAUGUACCUGAGCAUCGUGCGGGUGUUCACCCCGUACCUUAGCAGAUACAUGCUCAGGUUCUCCCUCAUGGGCUGGGGUAUUCCUAUGACGGUGGUGGUGGUCAUCAUAUCGGUGGACAAAGACAACUACGGCCUGAUCACCUACGGAAAAUACUCUGACGGCACUACCGAUGACUUCUGCUGGUUGCGGAACAACAUUGCGUUCUACAUCGGGGUGGUGGCGUACUUCCUGGUCGUCUUCCUCCUGUGCCUGGUGGUGUUCACCGUGGUGCUCGCCCAGCUGGCCCGCAUCAAGCGGCAGAACCCCCACCACCAGUGCCCCCGGCGGGGCCUGGUGACGGACCUGCGCAGCGUGGCCGGCCUCAUCCUCCUGCUGGGCCUCACCUGGGGCUUCGCUCUGUUCGCCUGGGGGCCGCUGCACCUGCCCUUCAUAUACCUCUUCUCCAUCUUCAACUCUCUGCAAGGUUUCUUCAUCUUCUUAUUCCACUGUGCCGUCAAGGAGAACGUUCGUAGACAGUGGAGAACCUACCUGUGCUGUGGGCGCCUGCGAUUGGCUGAAAACUCAGAAUGGAGUCGAACGGCCACCCAGAAUCCAAAGAAGCAGUCCGUUGCCGUGAUAACAAACGUAGCCCUGAGCCCGGCAUCUCGAAGCUCCUCCCUCAGCAGCGAGAUGACAAAUAGCUUCGGCUCAGACAGUGGUAUAUCGGACAGCUACAACGGUGAUGUCGUGCUCAACGAGAUCCACCGGCGCAACAUGGCCGCGCUGUCGUAGCUCGACAAGCCGGGGCGACGGCCUGCCCCUCGUUGGCCCAGCUGGUGGUCCACCGUCACUCACAAAAGGGCACACGCUUAUCAAAUUAGAGCUAGUUAGGGCGAGUGAGGGCUGGUCGUUGCUUUCAAGGCCCAGGGAAAGCUACUCAAAGGCGACUUUAAGGGCAUCAGGGCGAGGUAGGCAGCUCCGGAGCAGGAACAUUACUUUUCUUUAGCUAUGACAUCGUAGUAAAGCUUGCAAAUGAUGAAUACUGGGCCAUUUGUCGUAUUUUCAAAGUUGUAUUUCUUUACUUUUGAUACAGUUGUUCCUCUACCUGAAUUGCUCAAGAAAAAUAUAUUUUUUAAAUCUCUAUUUUAGAAUGGCAUUAUAGUUGGUUUCAGUGUGAUUGUAAUAAGCAAAUCAUUUAUCAAAAGGUGACAAUGUAGACCAUUUAUUACUUAAUUAUCCAGCCAUGAAGAUGUUUAGGUGGACUGCAGCAAAGCACUUAAAGGGGCCCUCUUUUACCACCAGGUGUGACUGCGAUUAGCCAUUAAAAGUGGAGGGUCCAUCUAGAUGUAUCCUGGAUAAAUCAGUCUACCAUCCUAACAAGUGGACUGAAGCAACUGGGAGGCAACUAAUCCAUCCAUCAUUGGUAUUGGUUUAUGGUUCUCAUUUAAUACAAAGGUCCUCAGCGUUGUGAUUGUUCAAAUGUGCUGUUACUUCCUGUUUAUGACUUGGGUAGUUUAGUAACUAUGUUGAAGUGCCAACAUGCUUAGAUUGCUAUUUGGCUGAAGGACAACUGAAAUCAGCUAAUUUCUGUAUAAGGUGUAGAAUAUAUAAACAUUAAUAAUUGUAAUUCUCAAUUUAUUUUGAUGAAGUUCAAAAGCGAAUGAGGUUUAAUAAAAAAACA